GACUCGGUAUCAAAUUCCUCCUUGGAUCCAUGGACUCAGUUUCCUCUCCAAUUGAGAUGUUUUUCUUCCCCUUUGUUGGGGGAGGCCAUCAAAUCCCCAUGAUCGACAUGGCCAGGAUGUUCGCAUCUCACGGUGUCAUAUCGACCGUCAUUUCGACCCCUAAAUACGCACCCUCGUUCCGGGAAUCCAUCGUCCGAGACCAACGAUCCGGUCAUUCGAUAUCCAUCGAGAUCCUCUGUUCAACAGACGCCGCCGAUAUAUCGGAUGCCAACAUGUCAGCCACUCCCGUGACCGAUACUUCAAUGCUCGAAGUACCAUUGAAGAAGUUGUUACUUCAACGCAGACCGGACUGCAUAGUCCACGACAUGUUCCACCAUUGGGCUGCGGAUGCUAUCGACAACCUUGAAUUGGAUGUCCCAAGGAUUGUGUUCAACGGAAACGGCUGCUUCGCGAGCUGCGUUCGAGAAAAUGUAUCGAGUUUCAAGCCUCACGAGACGGUCAAUUCGAAAUAUGAACCGUUCGUCGUGCCCGGUCUCGUCGAUAGGAUCGAGUUGACUCGAUCUCAGCUUCCAGCAUUCCCAUUUGUAGCGGAUAUUAUGCAGAAAUCUAAGGAGAAUUGCUAUGGGGUCGUGGUUAAUAGCUUCUACGAACUUGAACCAGCUUAUGUAGAACAAUUCAAGGAACAUAACAAAGCGUGGAUCGUAGGGCCUGUGUCGUUGUACAACCAGAACAUCGCCGAUAAAGCCGAUCGAGGCAAAAAGGCCGCCAUCGAUGAACAAAGCAUCCUCAACUGGCUUAAUUCUAAACCAUCGAAUUCAGUUCUUUUUAUCAGUUUCGGAAGCGUUUCUCGUUUAGCCCAAGAACAGAUCAACGAGAUCGCUCACGGCCUACAAGCUUCGAACCAGCCAUUUAUCUGGGUGAUUCGAGACGUGUUCAGAGGUGAAAGAACUGAGUUUUUUAGCGGAUUUGAAGAGAAAAUGAAGGAAUCGAAGCAGGGUCUGAUAAUCAACGGUUGGGCGCCGCAGUUGUUGAUCCUUGAACACGGCUCGGUCGGCGGUUUCAUGACGCAUUGCGGGUGGAAUUCGACUCUGGAAGGAGUCACUUGCGGCGUUCCAAUGAUCACAUGGCCGAUAUCGGCGGAGCAGUUCUAUAACGAGAAGCUGGUCACCGAUGUGUUAAAGAUUGGUGUUCGGGUGGGGAGCUUGGACUGGCUUUCGUGGAACGUGGAGCCUCGGGCAUCGGUGGGGAGAGAUGCGGUGGAGGCGGCGGUGAAGCGGCUGAUGGGUGGCGGACGAGAGGGUGCUGAGAUGAGGAAUAAAGCGAGAGUGAUCGGAGAAAUGGCUAAGAAAGCCGUGGAAGGAGGUGGAUCAUCGUAUGAGAAUGCCGUUGCCUUGAUUAAUGAGCUCAAGGAUCGACGUAGAAUGAAUGGACGACAUUAAAUAUGCUGCCCGAACA